AUGAACAAGCAUCACAUGCUCAAUGUGAUGGUCUUCUACGAGUACAUGACCCCCUCCUAUACAGACCACCCCGCAGGAAGAACAGAACAUCUCCAGUUCUUCGCCCGCCUCCCAAUCCACACCCACCUCCCAGAGGUCACCACCGCUGGACUCGAGAGCACCUAUCAGCACCAUGAGUUCCUGGUCUACUCUGCUGCUGUGGCAUUUGGAUUUCUCUCGAGUUUGGAGACCAGGCUCCCAUUUCCGGCCUGCCUGCUGCUGCUGCUGCUGCUGCUGCAGGUCCAGCCCUUCCUGGUGGGGGUGACCAAGUGCAUGGCAGGGGAGCCGGAUAAUCAGGGGUCAAAGGCCAGCUCUGCUAUUUUUGAGCUGUAUUAUUCUGGAUCACAGGCCUUCUCCGGGCAGCCUGGCGUCAGUGCAGGCACCAGCACCCACCAGGGUCUGCGAGCAGAGCUGGUGGUGGCGACUGGCCGGCUCAUUAAGGGGGGAGCGUCUGACUUGUGCUUGUCCUCCCCAGGGGCGCCCACCCGAGAUGUGCUCCUGGUCUCUGCCAUCAUCACCGUCAGCCUUAGCGUCACUGUUGUGCUCUGCGGCAUCUGCCACUGGUGUCAGCGAAAACUGGGCAAACGCUACAAGAACUCCCUGGAGACAGUGUGCACGCCAGACUCAGGGCGUGGACGCAGCGAGAAGAAGGCCAUCAAUGGCACCCUCCUGUCCGGUGCCAAAGUGGCCGCUGCGGCGGGGCUGGCGGUGGAGCGGGAAGGCCGGCUGGGGGAGAAGCCGGCGCCGGCGCCGCCACCCGGAGAGGACGGCCUGAGAAGCGGCGGGGCUGCCCCCUGCGAGCCGGGCAGCAGUGCCAAGGCGGGGAGAGGCCGCUGGCGGACAGUGCAGAGCCACCUGGCCGCAGGGAAGCUCAACUUGUCCAAUUUCGAGGACUCCACCCUGUCCACGGCUACUACCCUUGAGUCUAUCCCCAGCUCCGCGGGAGAGCCGAAAUGCCAGCGACCCCGCACCCUGACCCGGCAGCAGAGCCUGCAGCAGCCGCUAAGCCAGCACCAGCGGGGUCGGCAGCCCAGCCAGCCCACCACCAGCCAGAGCUUGGGCCAGCUGCAGGCCCACGUAGCCUCAGCGCCAGGCCCCAACCCCCGGGCCUAUGGCCGGGGCCAGGCUCGGCAGGGCACCUCGGCCGGCUCCAAGUACCGGGCGGCCAGCGGCCACAGUCGCUCCAACCCAGGCAGUUGGGACCACGUGGUGGGGCAGAUUCGAAACCGAGGCUUGGACAUGAAGUCCUUCCUGGAAGGUCGGAUGGUGGUGCUAUCCUUGGUCUUAGGGCUUUCGGAACAGGAUGACUUUGCCAAUAUCCCUGACCUGCAAAACCCAGGAACCCCGCAGAACCAGAACGCUCAGGGGGACAAGAGGUUGCCCACAGGCGGAAAGGCGGUGAACACAACCCCUGUGCCAGGCCAGACCCCCCACGAUGAGUCUGACCGCCGCACGGAGCCGCGAUCCUCUGUCUCGGACCUCGUCAACUCCCUCACCAGCGAGAUGCUCAUGCUCUCCCCAGGGUCCGAGGAGGAUGAGGCCCACGAGGGCUGCAGCCGCGAGAACCUGGGCCGGAUCCAGUUCAGCGUCGGCUACAACUUCCAGGAGUCCACGCUCACCGUGAAGAUCAUGAAGGCCCAGGAGCUGCCGGCCAAGGACUUCAGUGGGACCAGCGACCCGUUCGUCAAGAUCUACCUGCUGCCGGACAAGAAGCACAAGCUGGAGACCAAGGUGAAGCGGAAGAACCUGAACCCCCACUGGAACGAGACCUUCCUCUUUGAAGGUUUCCCCUAUGAAAAGGUGGUGCAGAGGGUCCUCUACCUGCAGGUCCUGGACUACGACCGCUUCAGCCGCAAUGACCCCAUCGGGGAGGUGUCUAUCCCCCUCAAUAAGGUGGACCUGACCCAGAUGCAGACCUUCUGGAAGGAUCUGAAGCCAUGCAGUGAUGGGAGUGGGAGCCGAGGGGAGCUGCUUUUGUCUCUCUGCUACAACCCCUCUGCCAACUCCAUCAUUGUGAACAUCAUCAAAGCCCGGAACCUCAAAGCCAUGGACAUCGGGGGGACAUCAGACCCGUACGUGAAGGUGUGGCUGAUGUACAAAGACAAGCGUGUGGAGAAGAAGAAGACAGUAACGAUGAAGAGGAACCUGAACCCCAUCUUCAACGAGUCCUUCGCCUUUGAUAUCCCCACGGAGAAGUUGAGGGAGACCACCAUCAUCAUCACCGUCAUGGACAAGGACAAGCUCAGCCGCAAUGAUGUCAUCGGCAAGAUCUACCUGUCCUGGAAGAGCGGGCCCGGGGAGGUGAAGCACUGGAAGGACAUGAUCGCGCGCCCUCGGCAGCCCGUGGCCCAGUGGCACCAGCUGAAGGCCUGAGCGGGGCCAGGAGAGGCCUGGGGGGCCGAGGGCCCGGGUCUCCACCAUGCUCUCACCACUUUAUGCACUACGCCCGGCCCGGCCCCCCUGCCCUGGGUGAGGGGAGGACCCUGCCGCCCGGCAAGGGCCAGGGAGGGGUCCCAGGACUCGGCCCCAUUUCCAGGAAGUACCAGCCCCACCCCCAGCGGUCCAGCUCGCGGGGAGAGACUCCGAGAGCCAUUUUCCUGCUUUGCCCCUUUCCUUCCCCACUCGUGGAGAAAGGUGGGGGGAGCCUGAGAGACUGGCACGUACCUCCAGAGGCCCGCCAGGUGGGCAUGGCCCGCCGUUUUCUUUGAGGCGGUGCCUGGAGUGGAGAAAGCCCCCCACCUGCGCGCCUGCCCCCUCGAGGGCCCAGGACAGGGGCGGCCGGGGCGUUUGGCCUUGGCCUAGAGAGGUCGGUCCCCAGGACAGCUUCAGGCGCCGGCUGGGCCCUGAACGCCUAGGAGAGUAUAAAUAGCCCGUUCCGGGGCCCGUGUACUUGUGAUGUGUGUCCCCCUGUGUGUGCGUGUGCGUGUGGCGGCUGCUUGUUCCCUGCCCCUCUUCAUCCCACCGGCAGUGCUUGAAGACUGACGCGGGGACCCCAUUCGUGCAAGGCCUGGCGGGGCUGGAGCUGUAGGGGGGUAGGGGGUAGGGGAGAGCAGAGCCUGGGCCCAGAACUGACUGCCUCCCGCCCACGCGUCCCAGUCCCUCUGCCCUCCGGACUGUAGCACUGCGCCAGCGCCAUCCCCUGAACGUCUGCUCUCACCGUUUAGGCACCUACUGUGUGCAUAGCAUUUCACAAGACUCUUGCUCUUUUCCUUCUCAGGGGACCCCCUGCCAGCUCGCUUCCCUAACAUCCCCCCCAACCGGGAGCCCCACCCCCACCCCUAGCGCCUUCCCAGACGUCACAUCCAGCCAAGUUGGUGAGCCUCACCAUGCUUGCCCUGGGUUCCUUGUCUGUGCAGACCCCGCUCCGUGGUCUCCCGGUUUCCCCACACAGACCUCCUCGCGCAGACUCCCCGCCCCACCCCCUCCCGGUCCUCCCACUCCCGGCGCCAGGACACAGAAGCUAUGACUUCUCCUUGGACCCUGCAGAUUUCAGGAUGAUGCUCCGCUUAAGUCUCGCUGAUCCUCACACUGGCCCUGUAUUGAUACAAGACCUAGCUGGCGACCAAACCUCAAACCCUGCAGGGGAGGGGCAAGGACGGGGGUCCGAGAGUCUGGGCUGCCGUUCUGAGCACACACCACCAGGUGGCACGCGGACACCACAGUCUGCCACCGCUGUCCCUGGACCUGACGGCCGCCCCCACAUCCGCAGUCCGCCAGGCACAUAAGCAAUUAGGGACCGUUUUCCUCCCGUCGGCUGCCCCUUGAGCUGACCAUUUCUGCUCUGUGCAGUAGCCAAGACCCCUGUCGCCCCCAUCAAAAUGUUCUCAACUUGGACCUCACCUCCCCCGACCUUCCCGCCCUGGCCCUGAGCCCCCUGGGAUCUGGAGGAAUACCAUACAUUGUAGGUGAACCGUUUCGUAGAGUGAAGAACCGCUGAUGUGAAGCCAACAUCCCUGGUAAAUCCCGACUUGUAUAUUAUCGCUUUGCUUAAAAGGGGGUCCGCCCUAAACGCGCCCUCCCCAGUGGGAGGGCUGGGGACCAGCUGUCAGUAGGGAUGGAAGGGCAGGGACCCAGGAGACUUUGUGUGAAGAGGGUGCUGGCAUUCUUACCCCCGCCCCCUUUGAGUACUAAGCUGAGCUACCUGGUCCCCUGGGGGCCGAAUGUAACCCAAUUGAGUGGUCUCCGGAGCUCCGCCCCGAGUGCUUUGCCAAUCAAGUGCAUCGAACUUCUCCGGACGGAGUCUCCUCCCACCGUGUGGCGGCACAUUCCCCGGGUUCCAUCUUGGAGUUCCCGGGGUCCCAAGCACUGCUUGGAGCCUCGGACUUGGGGGAGAUAGGCAAGGAGUGUGGACCCAGAGCCAGGCAAGCUGGCACUGGAAGAGGUGGGUGGGGGACGAGGUCAAGGCCCACAGGAGAAGAGAGAAUGGGGGCACUUGAGGAAGGGGGGCCCUGGAGCCUUGCCGUCAUCCCAAAACCUUGGGCAAGACACCCACACACACCCCCGGGCCUCAGUUUCCCUAGCUGUAACAUGAUGGUAAUAAAACUUCACCUACCUCAUAGGGGAGGUUGUAAGGCCACUGUCGCCUGACCUGGGGAGUCAAGGCCGGAGGGCUCUGAAGGUGCUACCUGCGAGCCAAGUAUUACUACCGACCGAUCGAUAGCACAGCCGCCCGCCGCCCCUCUCCCAAGAGCCUCCUGGAAAAGCCAGGCCUGCGGGGCCCUUCCCGUCUCUCCCCGUCCUCCGUGUCCCAGGACCCUUCAUCUGUCGUCUGUGCUGCCCUAGAUGUAGUCGUUUUCUUGUUCAAGUAUCUUGUUGUGACCAUCGCCCCCUCAAAGCCGCUGUGCAAAUCCCACCUGCCCCAGGACCCCGCACCUGCGCCACCCUACUGGCACCAGAUGCCGGGGAGGGGACAGGCGAACAGCCCCCUCCCCCAACACGCACACACCAUUGAAACAAAAAGCCAACGGGGCCUCAAGGCUGGGGGUUGGUGGCUGCUGUUUGUAUUGUAUUUGAGUCCUUGAGUGCAAGUGUUUUAUAUUAAAAAGCAAAAAUCAACAAAAACCCACUGUCACACACACAAGAUAAGGAAGAGAAAUGAAGAAAACGGAAGAGGAAUAAAACAUACGAACUUCACUACACGCACCCUCUAAGCCAGCAAGAUCUCCUCUUUGCAAAAUCAUAUUUUUGUGGGAAUGGGCCUGCUUUUUGUGGCAAGGCGCAUUCUGAUUAAUAAAGGAUCGUGAAAAAGUA